CUACCUGCACCAGUGGACCUGCCUGCCUGACCAGAGUGACGUCAUGCACGCUCGGCAGGCCUAUGACCUCCAGAGCGACAAUAUGUACAAGUCAGAUCUCCAGUGGCUGAGAGGCAUCGGCUGGGUUCCCAUUGGCUCUUUGGAUGUGGAAAAAUGCAAAAGGGCAACUGAAAUUUUGAGUGAUAAAAUCUAUCGCCAGCCUCCAGACAAAUUCAGGUUUACCAGUGUGACUGAUUCUCUGGAACAAGUGUUGGCCAAGAGCAACGCCAUCACUAUGAACAAGCAUUUAUACACGGAAGCCUGGGACAAAGACAAGACCCAGAUCCACAUCACACCAGACACACCAGAGAUUACGCUGGCAAGAAGGAACCAAAUCAACUACAGUGAGGUGGGAGCAGAUGCUAAUUCUAUGACAUUUGCAUGGUGUUUCAUAUUUCAGUUAAUCCAUUCCAUGGUGAUGUAAUACUAAAUGACAACUUUGUAAAGAAUGUCUUUUCUUGCUCGGUGUGAAUACCAACUCUUUCAUUUCUCGCUUACCUGAACAUCAGUCUUCAGGUAACACAUAUUAUCAUUUCGGAGGUGCAAAUUAUAAGAAUGAAUGAUUUAAGCAGUAACCAGAAGAUUAAUUAGAC